AUGGACAAGAUAAUCAAUUUGGAUUAUUUGCAGGAGACUUCACUUUGUUUUAUUUCCCUUAAUACGUCAUGUUUUAAGAUUAAUUAUUCUCUAGAAAUUCGGCUUUUUCUCUACAUCCUCUUUAGCACAUUUUCUCUUAUCACUGUGAUUGGAAAUUUGUUUGUGAUCAUAACUGUUGUACAUUUUAAACAAUUAAGCACACCAACUAAUUACCUGGUUCUCUCUCUGGCUGUCGCUGAUCUGCUUGUAGGAGGAGUAGUGAUGCCUCCUAGCAUGAUACGCUCUGUGGAAACUUGCUGGUAUUUGGGGAGCACCUUUUGUAAAAUACACAGUAGUUUGGAUGUCACUCUCUGCACCGCCUCUAUUUUUAACCUGUGUAUUAUUUCUUUAGACCGAUAUUAUGCUGUAUGUCAUCCAUUUCUAUAUCACAGAAAAAUGACCCCUAACACUAUUAGAUUCAUGAUUGUACUGUGUUGGGCUAUUUCUGCUGCAACUGGAUUUGGCAUGAUAUUUCUGGAGGUCAAUAUUCUUGGAAGUGAAGAGUUUUAUUAUAAUACCUUCCUUUGUGAGGGUGCAUGUUCAAUAUUUCAAACUAAAGUGGCAGGGUUGGCAUUUACUAUGUUUUGUUUUUACAUCCCUGCAUUAACCAUGCUGUGUGUGUAUCUGAAAAUCUUUCGCACUGCACAAAGACAAGCUCGUGCAAUUCAAGCUACUAAUACAAAUAUGAAGGCUGUCGAUGAAAGAAAUUGCAUCAGCAAGUCAGAAAGGAAGGCCACAAAAACAUUAGCCAUAAUCAUGGGAGUUUUUCUGAGCUCCUGGGUGCCAUUUUUUACCUCUAGCUGCAUAGAUCCAUUUACAGGAUAUUCAGUUCCACCAGUUGUGCCUGACGUAUUAAUCUGGGUGGCAUAUUUCAAUUCAACAUGUAAUCCAAUAGUGUAUGCAUUUUUCUACAGCUGGUUCAGACGUGCUUUUAGAGUCAUUUGGUCAGGUGAAAUAUUCCUGGCUAAUUCUUCACACACCAGAUUGUUUUAA